AUGAAAUUCCGCCAUAUCUACAAAGCCGCUCUGGACAGCGGCGAAUAUCCUCAAGACUGGGUCAGCCACGCCAUCUCCUACUGCACGCUGAAAAUGUGUAUCGAACGCGUCGAGCGAGAACUUUCAACUAUUGUCCUCGAAAACCUGAGCCUCGAUGCUCCGUGCGAGCAAACUCACUUGGACCCUGCAGAGUUCAGGGGGAAGAUUUCGCGUGAACGAUUCCAGUCUUCCCUCUCAGACUUUGAUACAAUCAGCGUUCCCACACAAUUUGCCAUGGUGUCUAUUCCUGGCGAGAGCAUACGUUCAGAAAUGUGGCUAAGUCUCCCAGAGACGAAAAUAAUGUCCCGGUAUGUCGAACAAUCAGCUAAUGUGGAGGAGCCGCAUCGACCAGAGGUGUCUUCCGAUGAACGAACUUGGCGCUCAAAUAAGCCUGGACUCGAAAAUGGCGAACUCUGUCAACAGGGAGACGUGAUUGCUGCACUACUAGCUGCAACGUCUGAAAUCUUUCAAGUGCUUCAACGAGACCUUACAGGCCUUGAUAAAUUGUAUCAAUCCGUGGGGACACAUCUACAAGAUGAGAUUGUCCAACUCGGCAACGGCCUGCGUUCUCUGUGCAAGAGCAAAUCGCGGCGGUCAAGGCGGGAGAUCAAAACAUGGAGGAAAAUCUUUGAACUCUAUUCCGAAGCUGAGGUCUUUUUCUCUUCUCAUGGGGCCAACGCAGGGACACGAGAUGCUGGGCACGCCCAGAAACAGUUCCAGCGUUUUACCUGGUCUCUAGCUGCAGAGCCCGACCAACUACUCAAGUUUGGGACACAAAGUCUGUCUUUCCUUGGCCGCUUUAUCCGCAUAAACGAGGACCUUCUUCGGAUAAAGAAGUUCCAAGAACUCAGUCGGACUGCGCUUGCUAAUAUCAUCAAGAAAUUCAAGAAGCGCUUACCGCUGCACGCGCAUCUCGCGAGCUCACUGACCGCGUCACUCUUUAUCGAGCAGGAUCUGGCUACAGCACUCUCCUUUAUCAUCUCCAAGGAGGUUUUGAGCGCGAUCCCACAACUCAGCGACUAUCUCUGCCCAAUAUGCUUUAGCAUUUCUUACAAGCCGGUCAGACUCCGUUGCCGCCACCUCUUUUGCAUUAGAUGCAUGGUUGUUCUACAGAGGCAGGGACGAGAUCCUUGUCCUUUAUGCCGCGAAGACGUUGUUUUGGAGGCUACUUCAGAUAACAUAGAUGAAGAGCUGCGCAAAUUCAUGGAGGCAAAUUUCAAGGCUGAGGUCGCGGAAAAACAGAGACAAAAUGAGGUUGCGGCUGGGAUUGAUCGAUGGGGAGCUGCGUACGAGCAAUCCCAGAAAUGUGUCAUCAUGUAA